UCGUCCCAUGUCGAUGUGACUCAUCCUCGCAUUAUAGUAACACGGCGGACGGGGAAAGUGCGCGAAGAAUUAUUCGACGCGCUUUAUCAUCGGAAUCCCCAGCCGCCACAGCAGCGCUGCGCCGGCUCCUCCUCCACCACCCCGACCCCUGUCUCGCUGUCUCGCACCGCACCACAUAGCCGCGGGGAGGGAGGGAGAGGAGAGGAGCGGCGGGCGGAGAUCUCGGGGGCUCCGAUCGAGCCGGAGCAGGGGGAGGAGAGAGAGAGAGAGAGAGAGAGAGAGAGAGAGAGAGAGAGAGAGAGAGAGAGAGAGAGCGGAAGGGAGGAGUAGGGAGUAGAUUGGUUCGAUGGUAAGGGAGACGGGGUACUACGACGUGCUGGAAGUGAGCCCGGCGGCCACUGAGGCCGAGAUCAAGAAGGCAUACUACAUCAAGGCGAGGCAGGUCCAUCCGGACAAGAACCCCAAUGAUCCGCUCGCGGCGGAGAAGUUCCAGGAAUUGGGGGAGGCAUACCAAGUACUCAAUGACCCCGCACAGCGUCAAGCCUAUGACUCAUAUGGGAAAGCUGGUAUUUCGACGGAAGCAAUAAUUGAUCCUGCAGCAAUUUUUGCAUUGCUGUUUGGUAGCGAGCUUUUUGAGGAUUAUAUUGGUCAACUGGUGAUGGUGUCCAUGGCUUCACUUGAUGUCUUUAGUGGUGAUGAGGAACAGAUCGAUGAAAGGAUAUUGCAAGAGCAAAUGCGAGUUGUACAGAAGGAAAGGGAGGAGAAGCUCGCAGAGACACUGAAAAACAGAUUGCACCUCUAUGUUCAAGGGAACAAGGAGGAAUUUAUCCAGCUUGCUGAAGCUGAGGUGACUAGACUUUCUAAUGCAGCAUAUGGGAUUGAUAUGCUGGGUACUAUUGGUUACGUAUAUUCAAGACAAGCUGCGAAGGAGCUUGGAAAGAAAGCUAUAUAUUUGGGUGUUCCAUUUAUAGCUGAAUGGUUCAGAAACAAAGGUCAUUUUAUUAAAUCCCAAGUAACAGCUGCAACAGGUGCAGUAGCUCUUAUGCAGCUGCAGGAAGACUGGAAGAAGCAUCUCAGUGCUGAGGGCCACUACACCGAAGAGGAACUUGAAGCGUACAUGCAGACCCACAAAAGUAUUAUGGUUGAUUCCUUAUGGAAGCUUAAUGUUGCUGAUAUAGAGGCAACCCUGUCACAUGUGUGUCAAAUGGUGCUUCAAGACAGCAGUGCCAGGAAAGAGGAACUGCGAGCUCGAGCUAAAGGAUUGAAAACCUUAGGAAAGAUAUUCCAGCGUUUUAAACUCAAUGCUACCGAGGGGGAACCAGCAGCAAUGAAGAAUACAAUAAAUAACUCGGAUAAUGAUGGCAGUUCUCCGGAUUCAUCACCAAAAUCCCCCAUGGAGCAAUCAUUUGAUCCAAAUCCACCAUACUCCCAGAGUCCAUACGUGGAGGCCCCUCAGUUUGGCGGAGCUUACUGUUCAUUCAACUUCCCCAUGCCUACUGCUCCACCUGGCGCUCAGAGGGAUCCCGUUCCAUGACUGCUUUCAGGGUAGCAGCUUCGUUUUGUAUGGGUUGCCAUUUUGUACCAUACCGCUUGUGUAGUAGAUAAUCGCAUGGUCCUCAUUUGUCUUUGUAACAUUAGUAGUAGAGUGAGGCAGCAGCUGGGUAUCCAUUGCAUCCCUUUCUAUUCUUCAGUUGUGUAAUCAAGCAUGCAACGAUGGCAGUCUUGUGUUGUGUACAGGCAGGCUUGUUGACUGUUGAGGCAGCAACAAGAUCAGGCAUUGUUGUAUAUGAACUAUUUCUUUCAUGUGUAUGGGUGCAUAAUUGUUUUAGCCUAUGGCCCAUCUGUUACGAUUACGACAA